AACUUUAUUGGAGGUCCGGCGAUAGCAUUGUCGGCAAUGCUAUUAUGCUGAUAACGCGCGUGCCGUUCGUUACUGAAAAGUACCGGGCUCGCAGCGUUAAAGAAAGGAAACGCAUCAAGGCAGAUGACGAUUAUCGUUGUGUGGCAGAAGGGGUACUCCAAAGGGUGUAAACUGUUCUUAGAGUGUAUAUAUACUGCAAACGGCGAAAGCGGCUGCAGAAGCUAGAAACCAUAGAAACGCGUCACGGUCGCCAUAUUUUUGAUACCGUCUUUGAAGGAAACAAAUACGCCACCAAGUCAACAUUAGCCAAGAAAGCAGCUGAAUAAAAGACCGUACCUGUGCUACUCAGUAGUUACCAGUGGCUGUGGUACUAGUUCUUUAUUCUAUGGUACUAGUGGUACCACGGUACGAAGCUGCGACGUAACGUUGUGGUUGAGCGUUUUGCCGGUUUGAUUCACUUGCGUUUGUUCCGUUUCGUAAUCUGUGCUGCAUCUGUGAAGUUGGGACAAGUGGGAACUAGUGUUUUGUGUUUAACGCGAACGUUGGAGUUUAAAUGAUGCCAACAUUUUUGUGCUCUGCGAUGAAAAUUUGUAAUCGUGGAGUUCGCUCUUGUUUACGGGGCUUGCUUUCAACGAAUUAUCCAGUCGCACCUAGCGACCUGACCAAGGAACUCCACACGACUACAUCGUAUCGUGCUGGCCUCGUCUCGGUGAACGACGUGAACGGUAUCCGGGAAAUUACCCUUAACAAUCCAAAAAAACGGAACGUCUUGUCACUUGCUGUGCUUAGGGAACUGGACGCUUGUUUUAAGGAGGUCGACAAGGAAAACGCCGUUCGCUGCGUUGUCCUUUCUAGCAGCGGGCCUGUCUUCAGCUCGGGACAUGACCUGAAGGAGCUGAAAAUUGAGUCCAGUGAUACCGCUAAAAUUGGAGAGAUAUUUACCGUCUGCACCCACGUCAUGACGGCGAUACGUAAGCUGUCUGUUCCUGUCGUCGCGCAGGUGAAUGGUCUCGCGGCGGCGGCAGGUUGCCAGCUGGUCGCCACCUGCGACAUCGUACUGGCCACGGACAAGGCUUCCUUCUCGCUUCCAGGUGCUGCGUUCGGUCUGUUCUGCUCGACGCCUGGCAUCGCGGUAGCCCGUUGCGUGCCACAGAAGAUGUCUGCCUACAUGCUGUUCACUGGCAGCACCAUAAGUGCUCAAGAAGCGCUGAGAAGUGGCCUGGUGAGCAAAGUGGUCCCCGAGGAUAAGCUUCAAGAGGAAACAGACCAUGUGGUCUCGGCCAUCGUGGCCAAGAGCAAAUCCGUUCUGUCUCUCGGCAAGAAGUUUUACUAUAGACAGAUUCAGAUGGGUAUCGAGGACGCGUACGCUGAAGGUGAGCGAGUGAUGCUCCACAACUUGGAGUACAGCGACUCGCAGGAAGGUAUCAACGCCUUCGCCGAGAAGAGGAAACCAUGCUGGGAACACACAGACCGAAAAUUUUAGUGUUCAAUAUUGUGGUGCUUAAACGGAUGUAAACAAAGAUUAUCGUGCAAACUUGGUUGUGAGCUUGGUUAGUGGCCGCAUUUCAAUGGGGGCAGAAUGCAAAGAAAAAAAAAAGAAAAGAAAAAUUGCAACAAACAUUAGAAGAACUUUAAAUAGGUUGGAACGACAGAAAGCUGAGCUAGUUGGUAAGGAUUCAUUAUGCAAAAAAAGAGGUGAGGCGUGCAGACAGGACACAAGAGUAGAGAAGUGGAGAAAUUCCCCUUAGCUGUGGCCAGUUCUACGAGGGACGUGUAUCAAUCAGAGGCUAAUGGAACUUAAAAGGUUGUUAACCGGUGGAUCGCCUUCUAAUCUUUCCCUACAUUGCCAAGAUUGUAACUGCACGCCAGAGUUAGAUGAAUGCGCGAUAUUGUACAGGCAUAAGAAUGAAGAUACGCGUCUUAUGGUAGAGGCAUGGCAUAUCUAUAAUGGUGGAAGUGCAUGCAUGAGUCGGCCUUCGAUUACUUUACAUAAGGAAGAGAUUAAGUGCCUUAACAGUUAUCUCUCACGUAGACCGGCACAUGUACCCGACUAACACGUGGUGAUACCAAUCCUGAGCUUGCGCAGAUGAGUUUUUGUCUUUUUUCUUUUUUUCGCCUCAGUGCUCCCUUCAGUUGACGCCGUUUGUGUUGUCCACUUCUCUACUCUUGUGUCUUGUCUGCAUGCCUCACCUCUUUUUUUUUUAAAUAGGUGUUAAAAAAUAAUUUGAAGCCCUCCGUUACAGCCUCUUGCAUAGCCAGUGUGUUGGUUUGGGACGUUGAACCCCAUCGUUUAAUACAUUUUAAUUUUAUAGCAUAAGAAAGUUUAGCAACUCGGAUUUGAGAAAAAAAAGAAAAGACAAACCAGAUAGGUGUACAGCUGAACCAAACUAAGCUAGACCAAAGCUAAAAUAUUGCAGGGCCCAACUAGCAGUAGAAAAUAAUGCAGGUUUUUGCAGAUUUAUGCCAUUUUUUGUAUUCACCAAGUCUUUCAAAGAGGCAUGAAAAAACCACAUCUGUGACAUGUCAAGAUAUGUCGAUAGCAGCUCUCUGUGAUACAACACAAUCUUCACCUUGCUUUGCAUGGUUACCUUCAGUGAUAAAGGUUAAAAGGAAUGUUUUACUGUGUACUUGUCACACCAGCUAGCAGCAUGAUACCCGUACCUUCUAAUAGUAGACAAACUUGCUCUGUAAUCCUGCAUCAUGUGAGGAAUAUGCAGAAAGAAAAGGCACUGUUUCUAGGCUGUGAUACAUACUUUUGAUUUGAGUGCCACAAAGCAGUUUUCUUUGGCAUGAUUGGCACUUUUACCUUCGUGAUUGUAUAAACGCCAUUGCAUCACUCCCUUUCCUUUUUUCUUUACAUGGAUACCAUAUCUUCUGGCACAUAUUCUGCUCCCACUGCACAACUCCACAAGGGGCAAUUUUGGCAGAACUAAUGUAUGGUGUAUGGUGACAAUAAUUGGAUAAUUUAUUUAUUGAUUGGGAAACUAACCAUUUCAUAGGGUUAGUGAAUUGAAUUCACUAACCCUAUUAGUGAAUUGAAUUCACUAACCCUAUGCAAUUCACUUUGAAUUCACUAACCCUAAGGCAUAGUGAAAGUGAAUUGAGCUCAUUGUGUGUGCUGUGAACACCAGGCACAGGGAAAAAAAAUGCGAAAAUUGUGUGAACAAUUUCGUACCUCUGCCAAGUGGAUGCACUUCUGGUCUACUGGUACAGUUAAAUGCUUACUGUGGGAAGAAAUCUGAUUGUUAGAGAAAGUGUCUGUUAUGCAAGGUUUUUUUUUCUUAAGACACCGGAAUGGUGGUGAUGCAUUAAAAAGAAACAUCACCCAAGA